AUCUCAAAUCACUAAUCAGUGAAAACUUGUUAUGUUGAUUUUUUAAUUGUUUACUUUUUUUCUCCAACAAGAAUUUGAACUAAGUGUAAUUUAUGAAAGUAACAUCUUGUUUAAAAUAUUUAUUUAGAUAAGUAAGCCUUACCGGAAAGUAUCACAUAUUUUCUUAGCCAUGGAGGAAAAAAGUUUUGUUUGGACAUCUGAUUUAACGAAAAGAUUUUUUCAAUUGCGUUUUGAUAAUGAAUGGCUGUUCCGAAAAAAAAAGCAACCUUGGAGAGACUCUUUUAUUCUAGAGAAUUCUAUAAAAUUUUACUAAAAAGUGGAUUUCCAGAAGAGAUGACACUCAAUCAUGUACGCAAGAAGUGGUCAUAUACAUAUGAUUCAUACAGAAUAGCAAAGAAAACAAACAACAAACAGUGGAAAUAUUUCAAAAUAUUUGACAAACAUUUUGGGAAAACUCAAGUUUUAGAUAAAUAUGAAUCAUGGACCGAUGAAUGGCGACAUAAAUUAAUAAUAUGCAUAUCUGAGGCCAAAGAAAUUAAACUUGAUUUUCAACAUAUGUGGAGGACAGUUGAAAAUGCAUUACGAUGCCAGGAUCUUCCGCUAGACUGUUGCAUACAAGAUAUUAAAGGGUUAUGGCAUUACAUUAGAAUGACAUUUAAUAGGAAGUACAGAUUGGUAAUGAGAAAUAGUAUAGAUUCUGAGGACUGGCCACUUUAUGACCCCAUGUUGGAGUAUCAUACUAAAUAUGAGCCAGAAUAUCUGGAACGCCUCAGCAGUAUGUCUGCUGGUGGUAUGGCUGCUAUAGAGUUCCGCUUAAAACAUAGACCUAGAGAGAAGAAAAAAAAAGAUGAAGCAGAUGAUGAAUUCCAAUGGUCCAGAGAUAUCACAGAAUCAUUCAUUCAGAUUAGAAUGCAGAAUGAUUGGCUUUUUAGGGACAGGAAAUGGGCGUGGAGUAACCUGCGUCAGAUUAUGAUAGAGGAGUACGGUUUCCCACAUUGUCUGUCUAGCAGAGACCUCAGCAGGAAGUGGGCUGCAAUAUAUGCUGAGUACCAAAAAGCUAAAGCGACAAACAAUAUCUCAUGGAUGUAUUAUUCUCUUUUUGAAGUUUAUUUCGGAGAAAGCAGUAUGAGUCUCAACCCUUUGCUUGGCUGGCAAGAAGAGUGGGUGAUUAAUUUAAUAAGUACUAGAACAGAAUUAGAACAAUUGUUUAAAAUGUGGGAAAAGAAAAAGGAGACACCGUGGCGAGAAGUGGAGAAAAAACUCAGGAAAAUGGGAAUUCCUUUGGAUCAUAGUCUUCUAGAAAUAGAGGAAAUUUGGCGGCACUUAUUGAAGACUUUUAAGUGGAAGCAGAAAUUCGCUAGCAAAGGCAUACUGAACGAGCAGUGGCCGUACUACGAACACGUGUCCAGAUAUGUCGACCAGCACGAAGCAAAGGAGGCUAAUGACGGAGAUUUCGAAGACGACGUGAAGCUGUACGAGCUGAAGAAGAUCGCCAUGGAACCGAAGCAUGAAGUGACCAAUGUGUGCAGAUCCUGCUCGAGCGACGAUGGCUGUGUGAAAAUAUUUGAGGAAACAGACGACGAAGGUCUCGAUGUGGCUUAUAAGCUGAAAGUCAUCGGUGGCAUAGAGAUACAAAGAUCAGAUACCUUACCCACCCAAAUAUGUCUUCAGUGUCUACAAGAGUUGGAGAACGCGUUCAAGUUCAGACGUCAGUGUCAAGAGGUGGACAAAAAUCUCAGAAGCAGCUCCUCCUUCAUCAAAGUGGAAUUACAACUAGACGAUAAACAUCAUACGAACGAAAUCUGCGAUGGAGAGAGACAGAACUAUGAAAUAGAGAUGGAUAGAGACGGCGUCACCAUGGCAACGAAAAAAAAAACAUCCCCGCAAAUGAGACCCGCGAGGAAAGUUAUAAGGAGGAAGAAGGUCCGCAAGUCCGAAUACGAAUAUCUAAAGGUGUGCGAAGUGUGCGGGAAACACACCAGAAACCUCAAGGCGCACAUGGACGUACACUCGAAAGACAAAUGUUACUCGUGUGAAAUAUGCGAGAAGAAAUUUAAAUUCAAAAGCGGGUUGAUAGUCCACAAAGCCACCCACAAUCCGACACCCAAAAAGACAUGCGAAGUCUGCGGGAAGAGCUUCCAUAUACUGUCCCAAUACAGAAGGCAUUACGCCUACCACGCGAACGAGAGAAAAUACGGUUGUGAGACAUGCGGGAAAAGAUUCAAUUCUUUAGAUAUUUUAAAAGUCCACGCCAGAAUCCACACGGACGAGAGACCGUUUAGCUGUUCUGAAUGUGGUAAAACUUUCAGAACAGCCGGCUGUGUGGGCAGACACAAGAGGAUAGUCCACAGGAAUGUAGGACUUCAAAAAAUUUAAAAAUUCUGUUAUUUAGUUGGUAGUUGACUCCGUUAUCGUUGUAUUAAGUUAUUUAAUAAAGAUUUAUCUGACACGUU